AGCGUGCCUAUGCUGGCCGUCUCACAUGGUCGCCCUAAAGAGUAACCCGCUUCAGAGCGGUGUCAUCGCCAUCCAGAUCACAGAGCUCACCACAUUGCCAGCAAAAGCUCAACAGCAGGUCCUUUCAACUGUGAAGCGCAUCGAGAAAAAGACAUUCGCCUCAGGGGAAGUAUCAGAUUUCGCCGUGGAACUCAAGAAACGCAAUACUCACAUUCUGGUCGCGCUCGUCCAAACAGGCCAAGAUGUCGAACUAAUGGGUUACCUGCUUUAUGUUCGGCAAAAGAGGACCACCUGGCUCCACAAGCUCUGUGUGCUCCAGGAUUUCCGAAGAAAGGGGAUUGCUAAAGACAUGAUCCAGGUCUUAGAAGCACGCCUCCGGAAAGAGGCGUGCGACGAGCUCCUGCUUUGGGUCGACGAGGAGAACCUGGGCGCCAGAGCACUUUACGCCUCCGCAGGCUUCGACGAGGUCAACCGCAUCCUGGAUUACUACGGACCAGGCCGCACGGGCAUCAAACUGGUACUACGACUAGACUGA